AUGGCGACCAUGCCUAUUCAGGCUGAGGAGUCUUUUUGUUGUGGGAUAGGAGGCAGUGCACCGGGCAGAGCAUCAGCUUCUGUGAGUUUGAAACUGAAAACUGAAAAUGGAAGAGAAGAGACAAGAAGCUGGAGGCUGCUUCUGGCGCAAGUGAAGGCCUUCGUAGAGGCGGACCUCGACGUGACCCUCGAGGGACAGGAAGCCAUCUUUAUUCUGGCACAAGCCUCGGAGACCAUUGCAAACAGUGCCUACUGCUGUGCUCAACAAGGAAAGAGGAAAACCCUCCAGAGGAGAGAUUUGGAUAAUGAAAUAGAAGCUGUGGAUGAAUUUGCUUUUCUGGAAGGAACUUUGGCUUGA